AUGGCAGAGGCAGAGGCGGUGGAUUCUCCAUUCACCCGCAUGACGCUAGGUGACUGUCUCGACGACCUCACCGUUCGCUUCCUCCUUAACUUGCCGCCGGGCGAGCUCAGCAGCAUACCACGCCUGUGCUUCCAGGUCGAAGAGGCACAAUGGUUCUACGAAGAUUUCAUCCGCCCGCUCAACCCAGCCUUGCCGGGUUUGAACCUGCGCGACUUCCUCCUGACACUCUUCAGGCACUGUCCGCUCCUCAGCGGCUUCGAUGCCACCCAGCAUGUCGCGGCGUAUGAGCAGUUCCUGGAGUACAAAACUCGCGUACCAGUCAGAGGCGCGAUUCUGAUGAAUGAUGAUAUGGACAAAGUCUUGUUAGUUCGGGGCUGGAAGAAGGGCUCUAGGUGGAGCUUUCCCAGAGGCAAGAUCAACAAGGACGAGCCCGACCUGGACUGUGCUAUUCGCGAGGUCUAUGAAGAGACUGGGUUUGACAUUGAAGGAGCUGGCCUGGUGGAGAGCAAUAUGCAAGGAGGACAUGUCAAAUCUAUCGACGUCACCAUGCGAGAACAGCACAUGAAGCUGUUCGUCUUCCGCGGAGUCUCGUUGGAUACCUACUUUGAGCCGAAGACGCGCAAGGAGAUUAGCAAGAUCCAGUGGUAUAACGUCAAAGAUCUUCCAGGAUUCAAGAAGGCGAAGGGCGUGGCGGGGCAGGGUCAGGGAGAGGCGGCAGCCACCAAGUUCUAUAUGGUGGCGCCUUUCUUGGGACACUUGAAGAAAUGGAUAGGUCAGCAGAGGAGGUCUGACUCGACGGCCGCGCAGGCGCAGCAUGGCAGAAACCUGUCGGCCGCCAAUAACGGCUUCUCGACGGGCAUCACCGAAGAUGAGGGUGACACCGAAGCAGAACUUGGGAGUGAGGGUGCUCAUCGACAUGUGGACCGGUCAGCAGACGAACUGAAGCGCCUGCUCUCCAUCGGCGGUCCUGCUAUGGAGCUGCCACAUCAAGGCAAUGUCGAAACCGGUGGCCAAGCCAACAGUCUUCUGGCAAUGCUUCAUGGCGGCCGACCUGCAGCUGGUGGAGAUUCCAUUCCUCACACGCCUUUCGAGCAGAUUGAUCCUGCAUUCCCUCCGAAGGAGCCAGAGACGCCUCAGCCCCGUCACCCUCGUGAUCCUGCCGUUGGCUUCCAACAAGCUGUGCCAUCGUUCCCAUACUCGCCGCAGCAACUACAGCAACACCAACAGCAGGUUCACCGAAACUAUUCCGUACCGAUACAUGGGAUGGACAGGCCAACCUCUGGGCACUUCCAGCCCUCUCAGCAGCCCUCUCAGGGAGCCGUGCCGCCUCACAUGCAGCAGCAGUUCGCGCAAUCGCAACAAAGACAGCACAGCAUGCCAAGCUUUCCUCCAGGUCAAGCGAUGGGACCGCACUUCAACUAUAACCAGGUACCUGGGGCACAGAACGGCAGACCACAUUCGCAUGGACCAUUGCAUCCCCAGUUCGCGAACAUGCCACAGUUUGCAGGGCUUGCGUUGCCUCUUGCAAGCCCCCUGAAUCCUGUUGGAGAUUCUUCCAAGCCUCCAGGAUUUCCAUUCGACCAGAUACUCAAUGCUAAUCAGAAGCCGAUUGGUAGUGACCCGUCAAUGCCCGAGCCGUCGAAGUUGCCGCCGCCGAAGUUGAAUGCCCAUUCCGCCAAACUGCUGGACGCUUUCAAGAGCUCGAGUGCUGCAAAGUCUACAGUCACUGACAUACAAUCUAGAAGCUCGAAUGGCCAGAGAGCAGGAAGCCAGCAGCAAGCCGCCUUGCUCGAUCUGUUCAAGAAGUCGCCCGCUCCUGUAGCACAAGAAAACCCCGCGCCAGCAUCUCCCGCUUUGACAGACAGUACAGAGAAGCCUGUACAGCCUCAAGCCAGUGCAAGGAGACCAACUCUGAACGAGAUUACCCGUACUUUGCCACCGACGCCCACUAUCAAGGCACCUGCUUCGCCGGCUUCGUCAACGCAGACUGUGCGACCACAACCGCCAAAGGAGGCUGUAGCGCCUGUGCAGCCUGCACUGCCGACCCAGCCGAAGACCCAUGUACGGACGCAGCCUGCACAGACGAUGCAGGCUCGGACUGUAGAGGAAAUGAUGGACCGACCGAAGUCUCGUGGGCAGCUUUAUGAUCCUGCAAAUCCCCAGAAGUUUGUCCGUGGCUCAUCACAGACACGAGUCGAGGAGCCAACAGAGCCGAAGCCGCCUGUGGCGAUACUGCAGAAGCCCAAGACGAUACAGACGUCUCGCUCACCAAAGGCCUCGCCUCAGGUGAAACCGAAUCAGCUCCCCACCGAGAAAGCAUCCGCGCCUCCGCAGAUUAGCAUUCUCCAGAGACCUGGCUCGUCAGCUGGUAGAGCACCACGAUCACCGAUUCCACAAAGCCCUCUGCGGCAUGAAUCGGCGAAGCCGACAUUCCAACCUCAUGUGCUUAAGCGGCCAAGCGGUGGAGACGAGAACGCUGCCACCUUGAGGCAAGACAGCAUCAACAUCACGCCUGGUGACGAUAAGAAGAAUCACCUGUUGUCGUUGUUUGGUAAAUCGUCUGGGACGGCUUCGGGCCUCACGCCCUCACCAAAUGUUGCUGGCUCGUCGGUACCAGUGUCUCCAAACCCACCUGAAAACGGACAGCAGAAGAACGCUCUUCUGGGCCUCUUCAACGGCGCUGCGGCACCCGAAGUGGAAGCAAAGACUCCAGAACCGCCUGCUGCCCCACAGAUCCUGCCCGAGCGCAACCCAUCAAGUCAAGGUCAACAACCGAACGGCAGCCAACAGGCAGCACAGCAAGUCUUGCUCAGCCUCUUCAAAAAACCCAGUUCGGGCGGCGGAGACAGUCCAGGCACUCCCAUCUCACCAUUCACUCUUGGGACUCCUGCCACGAAACAGCCGCCUCUUAAGCAGCAGCUACCGCUUUCCACACAAGGUCUUGAGCCGAGAUCCAGAUUGGGAAGUUUAGCUACACUUGAUGGCAAUGGUCCGACCAGCGGCCAGCAGACUCCGAGAAGCGCCACUCCAACGGAGCAGACUAAGGGCUUCUUGUUGGAUUAUUUGAAUGGAGUGGUGCAGAAGGAAGGACAUCGUGGUGCGAGGAAGUGA